GAGGUUGCAUAUUCCAAAUUGAACAAGUAGUUUAUGCAACAAAGUAUGGAAUCCCAUGACGCGAAACUACUGAGGGCUCAAACACACAUAUGGAAUCAUAUUUUUAGCUUCAUAAACUCCAUGUCCCUUAAAUGUGUUGUUGAGUUAGGCAUAGCAGACAUCAUACACAACCAUGGCCAACCCAUCUCACUCUCUAACCUCAUUGCUUCACUUCCAAUUCACUCUUCCAAAACUCACUUCAUCCCUCGCUUGAUGCGAAUCUUGGUCCAUUCUGGCUUCUUCUCUCAACUCAUUCACUCCGACAACGAUCUUGAUGUCAAGUAUGCACUCACUGAUGCCUCUUUGCUUUUGCUUAAGAGCCAUGAAAUGAGUAUGGCACCUUUCCUGCAGGCCAUGCUUGAUCCAGUUUUAACAAAUCCAUGGACUCAGUUUUCUAGUUGGUUCAAAAAUGGUAUUACUACACCCUUUGAAAUGUCUCAUGGGAAAUUGUUUUGGGAGUAUUCUGGCAUUGAUCCCAGAAUUAACAUUUUAUUCAAUGAUGUCAUGGCAAGUGAUGCUCUACUAAUCACUAGUUCGGUGAUUGAGAAAUGCAAAGGGGUGUUCAUGGGAUUGGAGUCAUUGGUUGAUGUUGGGGGAGGUACAGGAACCAUGGGAAAGGUCAUUGCCGCAUCCUUCCCUCAGUUGGAAUGCAUCGUAUUUGAUCUUCCACAUGUUGUUUCUGGCUUGCAAGGAAGUGAAAACCUUAAUUAUGUUGGAGGGGACAUGUUUGAGGAGAUUCCUCCAACAGAUGCCAUUUUGUUGAAGUGGAUAUUACAUGACUGGAGCGAUGAGGAGUGUGUGAGCAUAUUGAAGAAAUGCAAGGAAGCUAUAUCUAAGAAAGGGAAAGAAGGGAAGGUGAUAAUCAUAGACAUGGUGAUGGAUAAUGAAGUGAAAGAUGAAGAAUAUGUUGAAACACAGCUGUUCUUUGACAUGUUGAUGAUGGUGUUGGUCAAGGGAAAAGAGAGAAACGAGAAGGAAUGGGUUAAGUUGUUUUCCUCUGCUGGUUUCAAUAACUACACAAUAACUCCCGUUUUGGGCUCAAGGUCUCUCAUUCAGAUCUAUCCAUAGUCACUCAACAAGAUAAGCUGUAUUUGAUAUUUCAAGAAAUAAGUUUGUAAGUAUUGUUGGUAGUGAAGAAGAUAGUUUCUGAAGGGUAUGAUGAAUAAGCAAUUGUUGAUUUUAUAAA